AUGCAUUUACUGGACUGCAUCGGAGAACACCGAGUCGGUCCUACCCAAACACAACCCCCGGCUCCAUUCUUACAACUGCGGAAGGGUGUGACAAGAGAACAGGAGGCAAAAGGAAUUCUGUCUACUUGCGGAAAUUUGUCUUCCAAUCGCCUUGCCAAAAACCCACAGCAGUUGCUAACUCAAAAGUGGUCGGAACCAAUCGAAGCAGCGGACGCCGGUUGUGCUCUUGGAGGACGAGGGAUUCGAGUGAAUUAUUGUGCAUGUUUAACCCUCAGCGCGUGGGAGCAACAGGAAGUGCCUGACGCUUGCUCAGUCGCCUGA